AUGCGACUCUCAUAUGCGGAUCAACUUAUCGAACUUGACCGGCAGAGGCGCAAUAUCGUGUACGGACGGGAGACGAAGCGCUUUCACCUGAAAAUCAUAGCUGCUAUCAGUGGAGUGCUCUACGCUACCUUGUAUGUGAUGGCUUGGCUGUACCCCAGGGGUGUUACACACGUAUGGAUAGACGACGUGUUAGUCGAAGUUCUGGAGGAUUCGAUGAUAGAGCAAGUGGGUGGAGUUUCGGGUUGUAUUUUUGUUGCCUCAUUGGUACUGCUUCUCUGCAUGUCGUUAUUGAAGGAGUCAAGUGACAAGGACCGUCACGGGAAGAAGCACCGGAGCCCUUUCGCUGGUGCGUGCGGCCCCUACCGGAAAGCACCGGGGUUGUCCGUGCCCUUUUCACCCGCAACCGUUCAAUCAACGACAACAGCGGGGGCCACAGAAGUACUAACCGAACCUAUUGGUGUGAAGGGUCACCACGACCUGGAGGGCGAGUAUGCCAUACGAACACGUGCCGAACUGGAUAAGUUUCUCUCGGCAAAGGAACUACCCAAGAGAAUGGAGGGGUCGCUUCCGACGGCACACAAUUCUGUUAACGCCACUGGUACCGUUUCGGGUUCCAUGGCAACAGCUCCCGCAGCUGCGACCUCCAUCAGCGCCCCGCUGGCAGCUGGUGGUGGGUUUGGUUCGGUGUCAUCUGAAGGCAUUCGCGUGCAGUACGGCAGUGGUGGCGAGAGGGCUUCCGCCGCAGCAUCUGCCGAUCGACCAGCGGAGACAAUGUGGAAUGGCUUAGGUAUUGUCGACCCCGAGCGUUCCCAAGUGAAGGUGCGCAAGUGGCUGUCGGACCUUUGCCAGACUCUUGUGGAGGAGGUGGACUCAACAAACCGCUGGUUCGUCGAGCGACAGUUGAGGCAUUUUGACUGCGGCCACAGCUUGGAUGAGACAAUUGUUGUGCCUCCUCCUUCAUCUGCCCCUAGAGUGGGAUUUGGUGUGCCAGCGCAGCCCGUCUCGUCCCCACCAUCUGUAAGGAAAAUGGAUGCCCUCAUGGAUGAAAGAAACAAAAUUGCUACGCAAGGGCAGAAUGUGCAGAACAUUGACGUAACUAUGCACAUAGAUCAACGACUACAGCUGGAGAUGAAACUGGACACUACCGCAACGUUCACACCCUCUUCACCAGCAUCUGUUGCUGAGCAGCAAGCACGACGCACCUAUGUGGUGGGGCGGAUCCGGACAUUUGCAUCUCAAAAGUCGCUUGCGUCGUACCACCACAACUGUGGGGACAUAAGCACAUGGCGCGACGAUUUCCCAACAGAUGCCCACUUACUAACGCACAUUCUGCGCACAUGUGUACCCGGCUUCACCAACUAUGUGAGGUUCCCUCACCAACCGCUCAACGCGCAGCAGCACCUUGCGCUAGUCGUAGGCGAUACGGGUGAGCCAUACUUUUAUGUACGUUACCGCACCGGAGCUGUGGAUAAAACUUACCCGACACAACCGGGGCCCAAUUCACUGUUUGAGGCGUUGUUGCUCUUCUCUGCUGUGGCGCGCACGCAUCAUGGAGGUUCGUAUGGUGGCAUUUGGGGUGUUAUGGAUUUGUCGCGCUCAGGACUGUUGGACGUUUUGUAG